AUGAGACAAAGGCUGACACCCACUCUCGCCAUUGUUUUCAUGGCCAAGAUCGAAGAGCCUAUAAUAAACCGCGAACCACUGCUGUAUUAUCGUUGCAUAAAUGACUGUUGCGUCGUCUGCUCAACACAAGCAGAACUAGACACGUGCUUCAAUCUUCUCAAGCAGCAGUGUCCGCACAUUAAGUUCACAAGGGAGAGACCGAUAGACAACUGGUUGGCUUUCUUGAAUGUGCACAUUUACUUGGGAUAUGGAAGACUAGGUGGUACCGGAAACCCAGUAGCAAAAACAUCUUAA